AUGAGUUCUUCUUGGAAUGAAACUGGUUGGUGGGCUGAUCAGGAAGAAUCUGAACUUUCGUAUGCUCACGAAAAACUAGAUAGAAUACUACAAAUGUUGGUAGAAGAUCCAUCUAGAAUUACUAAGUACAAGGAUGACGUGGCAAGUCGAAGAGAUCCUUCUGAAAAAGAAAAAUAUAGAAGCCCCUUUUACAAAGUAUCUCCAACUGAUAUCAAACGAAAGAAGCGACGAGAACCGUCUGAUGAAGAAGAGACUUACAAAGAAUCAUUUGUUAUAAAGGUUUUUGAAAGAAGUGUGGAUUUUGGUCAGUUCAGUGAAAAUGCUGCCUUGUAUCCUAUGGCAAGAGCCUGGAUCCGUAAUCUAAAUCAAGGUGAUUCUUCAUCAUGGAAUGACGUACCAUCUAUGGACGAUGAUCAAGAGAAUAAUGAUCAACUUCCCGAUUGCCACUAUGCAUUACCUAAGCCAAGUGAUGGCUUUACUGAUAACGACAUUCGUAUUCCCCCACCUCUGCCAUCUGAAGGUCAACCAUUCCUUAUUAACAUUGAGGAGAUGUCACCUGAGGGGUUACUGGAACAACACAUUGUUCGUUGGAGGGAAAUUCGGAGGAAAUGGAAGGCCGCUUGUCGUGACAACGAAGAACGGUAUCUGGACUCCUAUCUUAUUCUUAAAGAAACGUAUGAUAAAUUUUGUAAAGACAUGCCAUAA